GCUUCUAACGAGCUCCAGAUGCUUUUUCUUUCUGCAUAAUUUGAAAUCUAACAUUUCCAGGCACUGCAUGCCAUUCAGUUCUUCCCCCUCCAGCUCGAACUUCCAUUCUGGAAUCAACCAUUAUGCUGAUGAUCUCCAAGGGCGUAACACUCUUGUUGCUUAGUAACAAAAGUUUCACGGGCUGCGGAAGGAGCACUGAAUAGCAAGACCCUGCAGCGAGGGAAGCCCUUUUGCUACUCCUCCUCCCUCCACACACACAAGUUUCUUGAAGGGCUGCCAUUUUCCGUCAAGAAAGUGCAAUUCAGAAUUUGCAGGACUGUGGAAAGGAAACUGUCCUGUGUUUCCUGCUCACAGUUUUAUUUACAGACUGAAAGACUAAUUCAUAACUCAAAGAAGAGAAGACAGAGGACAACUGCACAGUAACGGACUAUGAAGGCUCAGCCCACACUACUGAGAAAAACCAAGCAGCUUGUGUCAUCCGUACCUCGCCUUCUAGGCCUUUCUAGCUACUAGCUGAGUCUGGUGUGUGUGUCUAUCUCUCAGCGGAGACAUGGCCAAGGGGAAAGGAAAAGGUCCACAAGGGAAAAGGAUCACUUUGAAAAUGGCCAAAAAUUCAAUCCGGGUAAGUUUUAGUGGAAGGCGCCGUCUUGACUUGAGCAAAAUGGGCAUCACCACCUUCCCCAAAUGCAUUCUGGAACUGGCUGAUGUGGAGGAACUUGAUUUGAGCAGAAACAUGUUGAGAAAGAUUCCAAACACCAUUGAGAAGUUCCAGAAUCUGCUCUGGUUGGACCUGCAUAGUAAUCAGCUUGAUGAGCUGCCCAAGGAAAUAGGCACACUUCAGAACCUUACUUUCCUGAAUGUAUGCAACAACAAGUUGACCACCGAAAGUCUUCCAGAAGAGUUGAACCUUCUCAAGAACCUCAAGACCCUUAACCUUGGCUUGAACUGUCUUGAGACUGUUCCCACCACUCUUGGGGCUCUGAGGGAACUCAUUGAUCUAGGUCUCUUUGACAAUGCCUUGACCACCAUACCAAAAAGUGUGAAAAAUCUCCCCAAGAUUGAGAGAAUGAAUGUAAAAAGAAACCCUUUACGAGAGUUAGAAAAGCCAAAGGAGGAGGUUGACACCAUUAAACGCAUAGAAACGCUUUACUUAGUAGAAGAGAAAGACCUGUGCUCUUCCUGCCUGAAGAUGUGUAAGGGUGAGAGGGAUGAGCUGCACAAGUUGGAGGACAUGACACCUAGCUCCUCCAAGGAGCUCAGUUUCUCUUCACUCCUUACACCCAAUUCCUCUGCAAAGGAGAAUCAAGAAGAAUGGAGAGUAAGAGGCCCAGAUUCUUGAAAUAUAUCAAGGCACUCCACACAUCAUGUUCUUUGAAGUUUAGUCCAAAAAAAAAAAAAAAAAUACAGCUGACC